UAGGCCGCGGUGCGAGGCCCCGAGUCACUGAGCCCAGGCCAUGUGCGCCCCAACAUGGCACGUUCUCCCUCGCUCCUCUGCUCACUGUCCACACACACACAGCUCCAUCGUUAACGUCCCGGUGCCGAUCUGGCUUAUAAAUAGGCCCACCGCACCGCGGCCACCACCCACUCACUCGCACUCACUAGUCACUGCACGAAAUCCACCCCCUCACUCACUUAGCUAGAGGAGGCUGAAAGGGGAAGGAAAGGAAGAGAGGCAUGGGCUUGGGCUCCCUCUCCUCCCUCGCCGCCGCCGCGGUGGCGCUCGUGUUCCUGUCCCUCCUCGCCGUCGGCCACUGCCGCGAAACCCAGUUCAACGCCAGCGACGUCGACGUCGGCAACGAGAACCUCAACGCCAGCGACGCCGCCGUGUACUGGGGCCCCUGGACCAAGGCCAGGGCCACCUGGUACGGCCAGCCCAACGGCGCCGGCCCCGACGACAACGGUGGUGCCUGCGGCUUCAAGCACACCAACCAGUACCCGUUCAUGUCCAUGGGCUCCUGCGGCAACCAGCCAUUGUUCAAGGACGGCAAGGGGUGCGGCUCCUGCUACAAGAUUAGGUGCACCAAGGACCCUUCCUGCUCCGGCAGGACGGAGACGGUGAUCAUCACCGACAUGAACUACUACCCGGUGGCACCCUUCCACUUCGACCUCAGCGGCACGGCGUUCGGCAGGCUCGCCAAGCCCGGCCUCAACGACAAGCUCCGCCACUCCGGCAUCAUCGACAUCGAGUUCACCAGGGUGCCGUGCGAGUUCCCGGGGAUGAAGAUCGGGUUCCACGUCGAGCAGUUCUCGAACCCCGUCUACUUCGCGGUGCUGGUGGAGUACGAGGACGGCGACGGCGACGUGGUGCAGGUGGACCUGAUGGAGUCCCGGACGGCGCACGGCCCGCCCACGGGCAGGUGGACGCCGAUGCGCGAGUCCUGGGGAUCCAUCUGGCGGCUGGACACCAACCACCGCCUGCAGGCACCCUUCUCCAUCCGCAUCCGCAACGAGUCCGGCAAGACGCUCGUCGCCAAGAACGUCAUCCCGGCCAACUGGAGGCCCAACACCUUCUACCGCUCCUUCGUCCAGUACAGCUGAUCGACCGAUCAGUCUCGAGAUGCCGUCGGGUGCUCGCAAUUGGAGCUGGCUCUCGAUCACCACUACUACCACUAGACUACUACUACUAGUACGACGAACGGAACGGCUAGUCGUCCUUGGGAAGUGUUUGUGUGGUCAUCGUGUCGUUGCAUGCAUUUGUUUCAUCAUGGGUUGGGUCUUGG